UUAUAAAAAUGGAGGUAUUAUUUAUUUUAAAUUUAAUCCAACUUUUAUUUUUAACAACUGUGCAAAGUAAUUUAUAUCCACGAGAUUCGGAAACACGUGAUCAUAGAACAUUAGAUGGAAUAUGGAAUUUUAUGUUGGAGCCUCCAUCAAAUGUGGAUACCGACUACUGGUUUUUAAGACCUUUGGAUUCGUAUUCAAAUGCAACUGUGAUGCCUGUUCCUUCCAGUUAUAAUGAUAUUGCAACCGAUAAGAAAAUUCGGGACCAUGUAGGGCCAGUAUGGUAUGAUCGGACAUUUUUUGUUCCGUUUGCAUGGGAUAGUAGCCGUUUGCGUGUAUGGCUACGUUUCGGUAGUGUAAAUUAUGCUGCUAAAGUUUGGUUAAAUGGAGAAUUUGCUCUGUCUCAUAAAAUAGGUCAUCUACCAUUUGAAAGUGACGUAACAAAUCUAUUACUUUUUGGUGAAACUAAUCGAAUUACUGUGGAAGUAGACAAUACUUUGGAUUACAAUUCAAUACCGCAAGGAGUCACGGUCAACACAUCUACUGAUAAUGGAUACGUUUUAAAACAAAGUUAUACAUUCGACUUUUUCAAUUAUGCUGGAAUUCAUCGCCCUGUAAUUUUAUAUACCACUCCAAUCCAAUACAUACAAGAUAUUCGUAUAAGAACAACGGUCGAUAAAAAUUCCGCGGCUAUUGACACCGCCGUACUUAUUGGUGGUGGAACUGACUCAUUGGUCUCUUGUACAAUAUCCGUAUUCGAUCAUGAAGGGAAGAAAAUACGUUCGUUUCUAACUUUUAAAACUGAUCUAUAUUGUGAAGGCCGAUUAUUGAUCGAAAAUCCAAAUUUAUGGUGGCCUUAUUUAAUGAAUGAAAACCCGGGAUAUCUAUACACCUUAGAAGUGAAGUUAAUUUUUGACGAUAAUGGUGUUUUGAGUAACCUGGAUGUAUAUCGAUUACCAUUUGGGAUUCGGUCAAUACGUUGGACUAAUACAUCAUUACUAAUCAAUGAGAAACCUGUUUAUUUUCGUGGAUUUGGCAGGCAUGAAGAUUCUGAUAUCCGCGGCAAAGGUUUAGAUUUACCACUGGUAACAAAAGACUACAAUUUAAUCAAAUGGAUUGGAGCGAAUGCAUACCGUACAUCUCAUUAUCCAUAUGCGGAAGAAAUCAUGGAUUUUGCUGAUAAAAAUGGAAUUAUGAUUAUAGAUGAAUGCCCAAGUGUAGAUACGGAUCAUUUUGAUUCUCCAUUACUUCUCCAAAAUCAUCAACAAUCGCUAUUUGAAUUAAUUCAACGAGAUAAGAAUCGCCCAAGCGUCAUUGCUUGGUCCAUAGCAAAUGAACCUCGUACAGGCUCAGCAGGAGCAGGAAAGCAUUUUCAAGCAGUUGCUGAUUUUGUCCGGCAAUUGGAUAAUUCAAGACCAAUAACAAUUGCCAUUGCUACAGGUUCAAGUCAAGAUCAAUCUGGAGCUUAUUUGGACAUUAUCAGCUUUAAUCGAUAUAAUGGUUGGUAUGCUAAUGCUGGGCAAACUGAUAUGAUUAUCAAUCAAGUUGUAGACGAAGCAAGAGCAUGGCAUAAAAAGUAUCAAAAACCAGUUUUAAUGUCUGAAUAUGGAGCAGAUACAAUGCAGGGUUUACAUCUGAGUCCUGGUUUUAUAUGGUCCGAAGAAUAUCAAGUUGAAUUAUUUUCAAAUCAUUUUCAAGCAUUUGAUAAAUUACGUGCAGAAGGAUUUUUCAUAGGUGAAUUUAUUUGGAAUUUUGCUGAUUUUAAAACAGGACAAUCUUAUACAAGAGUUGGUGGAAAUAAAAAGGGGAUAUUUACAAGACAGCGAGAUCCUAAAUCCAGUGCACAUCUUGUGCGAAGACGCUAUUUAACUUUAGCUGCUGAAAUUGAUAAUUUUACUUUGUACAACGAUUUAUAUCCAUAUAUCAGUUCACGUAGUAUCGAUGAAUUGUAAUAUAUAAAGGUGAAUUCAAUAAAGCUUCUCGUAUGUGAAUUAUCAUAGUCUGCGUUGGAUGUAUCGUGCCGUAUAUGUUGUUAGUUUCAUACUACUAACUUGCAUCGAUAUAACAUUAGGUUUAUUAGGUUGCUGCAACGAUCGGCAUAUUGUCAGCUUCAUACUCGUACAACUUAGUAGAGUCUCCCACAUGAAUGAAGCUUUUGGUUCCAAAAUAGUUUGAAACUAGUUGCAAGCCAGUUUUUUAGCUUUAAUCUGCCAAUCAAAAUUUUUAACAAUUUUUGUUUUAUAGCGAAUUUUUUACAAGCAAGCCUGUACCUUUUAAGCUUUUUUUUAUUUUAGUAAUUAAAUUAUCUUUCU